ACAUGUCGCCAACACUACAAACAAGCUCUUUUACAUACCUAAAUAUUAGCAUUUUAGCUGAAGCAAGCGAACAAAUAUGUAAUGAUUUGAGUGAUCCGCGAUAUUUCUGAGACAUAACCGACCGACAUAGCUCCAUUUUGUAAAUUUUGUUGAAUUUGUCCUCAGCUUUUCUGAAGUGUUUUAUGUUUGAAAUAUUGACUGAUUGGCCACAGGAACAUAAAAAUGGAUUCACUCCUAUUUACGGAGAAGUCGAUGAAUUACCUUAUCAGCAACUUAACGCAAGUGCAGGCCGAUCAAUGCUCCGACGAAUUUCUGACAAUAUUAAACAAGCUUAUCGGAGUUGCUACUGAAUUAUCAGUACUCGUGACAUCGAAGCGAGAAGAAGUUGCCUCGCGACAAAAACGUCGACUUACCAACACUAGUUCAUCAUCAGACGAUGUUCGGUGCGUUUCUGCCGAUAUUGAGACUGUACAAGUGGAUUCAGACAGCGAAGAAUCGAUAUUUUCGAUCGGAAGUUCCAUGCAAAAUCCAUCGACAUCAUUGGACGCUCAAUCUGAAACAGUGAUCGAAAUCGCGUCGCCAAGUAUUCGUUUGAAACGGAUGGAUUUGACUGUGCCGAGUGAAACCGGUAGCAGACGGUGCGCGGUUAAAUUACGUCGAGUCGAUAUGACAUUGGAAUCGAUGCGUACACCGAAGCGGAAUGACGAUUCUGGACCCAGUCAAACCGAAAAAAAGAAAGCCACCCCAGUGAAGGUAAGCUUAAAUGAAAAUAUUUCCGAGACCAGUGUAAGGAAAUCCAUAGGGCAGUAUACGUAUUACGACUAUCACAAGCGAUAUAGCGAUGUCUGUUCAAUGCAAUGAAAAUUUGUUACUUGAAAAUUGACCACGGGUUCGAAAAUUUGGCAUUGGGUUUCGCAUUGAAAUUUUUAUUUUUUGACUUGAAUUUACACAGCUUGAAAAUUGGUCAGGAGACCAACCACUCUAUAUGAAUUUGGAAAAAUUUCGAUUUUUGGACUUGACACGAAAACAUUUUGUAUUUAUGAAAGCAUUGAAUGAUGAAUCGAUUGAGGGACUUGAAAACUGCAUGAAGUUUAGAAGAAGAAAAUAAAAUAAUGAAAAACCGAACAUCCAAUUUUUUCCGAUCACUGAGUCAAGAAAUGUUUGCUAGCAACAGAAUGCUAUGUACAGAAAAAGAUUUCCAUUUUUUUUCAAUAAAUUCAGAUAUGUUUAUAAUCGUUGAACUAACGCUGGUUAAAUACUUGUUGCUAUCACAA